GCGGAGCAGCCGAUCUGCUCUGUGAUCGAUUCAUUUGUUCUGCCAGUGCUAACUUUAGCUUACAUGUGCUGAGGUCGAGGUGGACAGUAAAGCUCGUCUGCAACAAUGCCUACAGUCACUCUACCACCGAAAGAGAACGCUCUCUUCAAACGGAUUCUGCGAUGUUACGAACACAAACAAUACAGAAACGGGCUCAAGUUCUGCAAACAAAUUCUGUCCAACCCAAAAUUUGCAGAACAUGGAGAAACCCUAGCGAUGAAGGGCCUGACACUCAACUGUCUCGGGAAGAAGGAAGAGGCUUAUGAACUUGUAAGGAGAGGCCUCCGCAACGACCUCAAGAGCCAUGUCUGCUGGCAUGUGUAUGGCUUACUGCAGCGCUCUGACAAGAAGUAUGACGAGGCAAUAAAGUGUUACCGUAAUGCGCUGAAAUGGGACAAGGAUAACUUGCAGAUCCUCCGUGACCUGUCCAUGCUCCAGAUCCAAAUGAGAGACCUGGAGGGCUACAGGGAGACGCGUUAUCAGCUGCUGCAGCUACGUCCAGCACAGCGAGCCUCUUGGAUUGGCUACGCCAUAGCCUAUCACCUUCUAGAAGACUAUGAGAUGGCUGCCAAGAUCAUUGAAGAGUUCAGAAAAACACAACAGACGUCUCCAGACAAGGUCGACUAUGAGUACAGUGAACUGCUCCUGUACCAGAACCAGGUCCUUCGCGAAGCCGGACUGUACAAGGAGGCGUUAGAGCAUCUAUCCAACUAUGAGAAGCAGAUCUGCGACAAACUGGCAGUGGAAGAGACGAGAGGGGAGUUGCUGCUGAAAUUGGAGCGUUUGAAUGAAGCCACAGAAGUUUACCAUCGCCUGCAGGAGAGAAACCCAGAGAACUGGUCUUAUUAUCACGGACUGGAAAAAGCCAAGAAACCAAGCAGUGUGGAGGAGAGACACAAGAUCUAUGAGGAAGCUUGGGAGAAGUUCCCUAAAGGCCUGGUUCCCCGCAGAUUACCACUCAACUUUCUUAAUGGUGAGAAGUUUAGAAUGUGUCUGGACCACUAUCUGAGGUUGAACUUCAGCAAGGGCUGUCCACCCGUCUUCACCACUCUCAAGUCUCUGUAUAAUGACAAGGAGAAGGUGGCCAUUAUUGAGGAGCUGGUAGUUGGGUUCGAAACCUCAUUAAAAAGCUCUCGUCUGUUUAGUCAGAAUGAUGAAGGUAAAGAGGAGCCGCCCACUACUCUGCUGUGGGUGCAGUACUUCCUGGCUCAGCAUUACGACAUUGUUGGACAACAGACGCUGGCUCUGGAGUACAUCAACGCAGCCAUCGAGAGCACACCAACAUUAAUCGAACUCUUCCUCAUCAAAGCCAAAAUUUACAAGCAUGCUGGCAACAUCAAGGAAGCAGCUCAGUGGAUGGAUGAGGCUCAGGCUCUGGACACAGCAGACAGAUUCAUAAACUCUAAGUGUGCCAAGUACAUGCUGAAGGCUGGAAUGAUCAAGGAGGCAGAGGAGAUGUGUUCAAAGUUCACGCGGGAGGGAGCAUCUGCAGUGGAGAACCUGAACGAGAUGCAGUGUAUGUGGUUCCAAACAGAGUGUGCUCUUGCCUAUAAGGCCAUGAACAAAUUUGGGGAAGCACUGAAAAAGUGCCAUGAGAUAGAAAGGCAUUUUGUGGAGAUCACAGACGACCAGUUUGACUUUCACACCUACUGCAUGAGGAAGAUGACUUUGCGCUCAUAUGUGGACCUAUUAAAGCUGGAGGACGUGCUCCGCAUGCAUCCAUUCUACUACAAGGCCGCAGUCACUGCGAUCCAGAUAUACCUAAGCCUGCACGACAGUCCUCUUACUGAUGACAGCAAGGAACUGCAGGCUGACACUGCCAACCUCUCGGACAAAGAGCUUAAGAAACUCCGGAACAAGCAGCGGAGAGCCCAGAAGAAAGCACAAUUGGAGGAGGAGAAGAAGAAUGCUGAAAAGGAGAAGCAGCUUAAGAACCAGAAGAAAAAGAAGGAGGAUGAUGAUGAGGAGAUUGGUGGCCCAAAAGAGGAGCUCAUUCCUGACAAACUGGUCAAGGUAGAAAGUCCACUGGAAGAAGCUGUCAAGUUCCUAAUACCUCUGAAGCACCUGGUCAAGGACAGAAUUGACACCCACCUCCUGGCAUUUGAGAUCUACUUCAGAAAAGAAAAAUACUUGCUGAUGCUGCAGUCUGUGAAGAGGGCAGUGGCCAUUGACCCAGACCACCCGUGGCUGCACCAGUGUCUGGUUCGUUUCUUCAAAGGAGUGUCAGUGAGCAAAGAGCUGCCGGAAGUGGUGGGCACGGUUCUUAAGCAGGAAAUCACCCGGCUUUUUGGUGACAGCAAUCCAAAGAGCUUCAAUCAGGCUUACCUCAGCAAACACUCCAACUCCAUACCACACCGACUGGCUGCUGCUAAGAUGAUGGUGUGUCUGGAUCCAUCAACCGAAACCAAGGCUGCAGAGUUGGCCGCUGCACUUGAUGAGUCACUGGAGAACAGAACAAUACUGAUUUGCACUGAUGUCCUGGAGACUCUUCGAAGCAACGUGUUUGGGGACUGCAAGGAGAGAGCAGAGUUGUACCGUGCAGAGUGUCACAAGCUGUACCCCUACACGCUAGCUUUUAUGCCCCCUGGAUAUGAGGAGAGCUCCAAGCUUGCCAACGGAGAUGUGUCCAUUGAAACAGAGGAGAUAGCCAAUGAGAUGUAAGCAGGUCGGAACAACGGCAGAUGAGAAAAGGAAUUGGGCCUAGCAUGGAGCCUUGCGGUACGCCUGGCAGCAAUUUUGUCAAACCAGACACGGAAAUCGAAAUAAACAUUUCGUCCAUUGGUCUAGCUUAAUUGGGUCUGACCCGGCAUGGCUUGGCUCCCUCCCAUAUGGUGGAAAUCAGGUGUGUGUGUGCGUGUGUGUGUGCGCGCGUGUGCGUGCACGCGCAGUUGUGUAUAUUGUGGUAAAGAAGGGGAAGUGGAAGACGAUAGGAUGGUCAUUUUACCUUUUUUUUAAAACUACCAACUUUCAAAUUAAUAAACAGUUGUUGGGUAAAACUGUGAGACAGACUGUUAGGCGUUUGCUCAUAGACGAUGCAUCAUGCUGAGUUUGACUCUGCUGCUUCCAUUACUUCCUGUGCCCACUUCAUUCUUUUUAAUCCAAACUAAUCUAAUGAUAAUUGGAUCCCAGUGCUAUGAGACGCUGGUAGAUGAGCAGAGUGAGAUGCUGAUGACCAAAGCAGCCUCUAAGGUCCGCUCCGGGUGCCGUUCCACAGGCAUGUCUUGGCUGUGUGACAGACUGUACAAAUCACCGAUCAAUGGCUGCAGAGGCACAAGCUGCUGGCAUGGAACGACACAUACUCUGCACACUGUCUGUGCUCCUUCAAUUCAAGAGCAAAUUCUUAUUGUUUCUAUUACCUGGAGUCAUGGGGGAUCGAAGUUCCGGGCAGAGAAUGGCAUAGGUUCAUUAUUUAUAAGAACUAACUCUGUUUUCAUAGCUGCUCUCUAUUAAGGGUGCGAGUAGAGUCCCAUUGUGGUGCUGCUGAACCACGUGUGUAUCAUGUUUCAACAUCCUUCACUUUGAGGUGUGCUACCACUGGAUUGUACUGGCCAUGUGUUGGUGCAGAUGUACAUCUACUUGCACAAACCCUGAGACGGUAAUGGAUCACAGCAAUAUCAGACAAGAUCACCUCUUCGACUCGUCAGAGGCUCCUCAUUCUCAUGACAUCUACUGUCCUGCAAGUUCAAUUUCAGAAGCCUGGUUCCUUUCUGGAAUCUGGGAUUUGUACCAUUUCCAUCUCUUUUCUUCCCCUUUUUCCUCCAAAUUUGGGUUCUAAUGUGAAAGAUGAUAUCUGAGAUGGCGAUGUAAGAUAUCUCUGGAUUUUUGUAUUAAAACCA